GUUGACAUCAUUAUUUCUUACAAUCUUUUAUAUUAAAUUUUAAUCUGUACGAUGCGACUGGUUUUCAGAUACUGAAUCCUCCUCAGCGUAAAAAAAAAUGUUUCAUAUAAAGCGCAUGUCCAAAACUUAUAAUUCAUGCAUAUGAAUUCAUAAGAACUAUCAUUAUUAAUAUUUAAUAACGGAAUUACUAAUUGAACAUAAAAUGUAGCAAAAUUCAAGGAAAAAAUUUAUUUUGAACAGUAUUAUAACGAGACUACAAUGAAAAACUACUUAUACUGAAAUGUUUUUCUUAUAAAAAUUAUAAAUACAUUGAUUUUAAAAGAAAGACUGAAGUGAAUAAUUAUCAAGAACACGUACGUAAGUUUUAAUAAUGAAGAAAAAAAGUAUAGAUAAAAAAUUAAAUUGGACGGAAGAUUCAAUAAAUGCACUGGGCGUUUAUAAAAUAAUAACUCGAAUUAUGUGUCUGUGGCCACUUGAAUCGAGAACUAUUUUCUGGAAAAUACGCGUUACUCUAUUAAUUAUAUUUUUGAUAUUGUCAUGUAUAUUUGUAAGUAAAGAAAUGUUAGAACAUUGUGGGUCAAUGAAAGAUCGAAUUUUACUAUCAGCACAUCUAAUAACAUCAGUAACAUCGGUUGCUAAAAUAGUAAUACUAAAUAUAAACCGUAAAAAUCUAUCUACAAUAAUAACAAAUGCAGUUGACGAUUGGGAAAAAACAAACGAUGUUAAUUUAAAAAAAAUAAUGAACCGAUAUGCAUUAAUCAAUCGUACAUUACUCUAUAUGAUGCUAUCACCGGCAUUGCUUUACGUUAUCAAAGUAACCAGUGAUCGCAUACCUUACACCCUAAUAAUUGAUAAUGUCACUGUAUUAAUACGUACCACCCCCUUGAGCUCUGAAUGUUCGAACUAUGCAGAUGCCCAUAUAAUUAUUUAUAUUGUACGUUUCAGUUUUCGAGUUGCUGAGUGUUUUAUUUACAAUUUAACAUGCACUGGACUCGAUUCAUUUUUUUUCUUGCUGGCAAUGCAUCUUUGUAGUCAGUUAGAAAUAUUAAAUAUUUAUUUCAGGCAACUCAUUAUUGAUGAAGCCGGUGUUUUUAUGAAAGAUAAAUUUUGUAAACUUAUUGCCAGACAACAACAUUUAUAUUAUUUAUUAAAUAUUCUUGACGAUUCUUUUAAUUUGAUGAUACUCAUUGUGUUGAUAUCAGACUUUUUUUAUUUAAGUAUUAUGGCUUUUACCUCACUUUUUUACGUAAAGGAACAAAAGAUCAUGGAGGCAGCCGUGAUAAGUGCAGCUAUUUCUUUAAAUGUUUCAAUUGAAUUAUUUUUGUACUGUUUCGUCGGGGAAAAAUUAACCAACGAAGUAGACAAAUCGUCAUUCGCAAUGUACAGCACAAGCUGGUACAAUUUAAAAACAAAUGUAUCGAAAAAUAUUAUUUUCGUUAUAUUAAAAUGUAGCAAAGAGUUCCGUAUAACAGGCGGUAAACUAUUUCAAAUGAAUUUAGAAAAUUUUAAAACUAUUGUUAAAACUCUUGGAAGUUUUUUUUCAGUUAUACGUUUAGUAGUUUUUGAAUAAUUAUUUGUUGCUUAAUUAUAAAGUUAUACAUGUAUUAAUUUAAUAUUGAUAUAGAAAAAAUAUAAAUAAUCAACUAUUUUGGUAAGUCCAUUUUAUAUAUAUUGAAGAAGAAAAAUAAAUUGGUCGAAUUAUUAAUCGAAUCAAAAAUAAUUGAACCCUUAGAACUCACAUUAAAAGACAAUGUAACCUUGGAACUUUUUUAAAGCAUCCCCUAUUUUUUCUAGCUAUAUUAAAAAAAAUCUGGGCGUCGGUUGACCCUGCGGGCCAGCUCUAAACUUCUCACUGUUUUCGAGCUUAAGGAGCCAUUGCUUGCCACUGUAUGCCAUUGUUUUCGGAAAAACCGUUUUUUAACAUUUCUUUCUCCCACGAUAUCUCGCGAACGAAUUAACCGAUCGAGAUGGUUGAGGUGGAAAUCGACGCACUUUAUUGUGUUCCAGAGCUGAGUAGAUUUUGAAUUCGAUCGA